GCGGCGGCGCUGUCGAGCCCGAACACACCUCUCCGAGAAAGAUGUGAAAAUGGCGGAGCUACAAAUGCUUCUGGAAGAGGAGAUUCCAGCGGGGAGAAGCGCACUAUUGGACAGUUUCACCAACUUGGAAAGAGUCGCCGAGUACUGCGAGAGCAAUUAUGUCCAGUCUCCAGACAAGCAGAGGGCGCUGGAGGAGACCAAGAACUACACUACCCAGUCUCUGGCCAGCGUGGCUUACCUGAUCAACACGCUGGCUAACAAUGUGCUGCAGAUGCUCGACAUCCAGGCUUCGCAGCUCCGCCGCAUGGAGUCCUCCAUCAACCACAUCUCACAGACGGUGGACAUCCAUAAAGAGAAAGUAGCACGGCGAGAGAUCGGCAUCCUCACCACCAACAAAAAUACGUCCCGCACUCACAAGAUCAUCGCCCCGGCCAACCCGGAAAGACCCGUGCGCUACAUCCGCAAACCUGUCGACUACAGCCUGCUAGACGACAUGGGCCAUGGAGUCAAGUGGUUGCAAAGGUUUAAGGCAAGUGCUCAAAACAUGAAAACCGGAGGAGGCGGACUCCCUCGCACCAACCCCCCCACACAGAAGCCCCCCAGCCCGCCCAUGUCAGGGAAAGGGACCCUUGGGCGCCACUCCCCCUAUCGGACGCUCGAGCCGGUGCGUCCUCCCGUUGUCCCUAACGACUACGUCUCAAGCCCGACGCGCAACGUGGCGCCGAGCCCUGCACGCACUGCAUCCGUUAAUCAGAGGAACCGCACGUACAGCAGUGGGAGCAGUGGUGGCAGCCAUCCCAGCAGCAGUCGCAGCAGCAGCCGAGAGAACAGCGGUAGCGGCAGUGUGGGCGUGCCUAUCGCCGUGCCAACCCCAGCUCCGCCCACAGCCUUCCCAGGUUCAGCCCCCGCCCCAUCCAACACAGCUAAACCUCCCCCUAACACUGCCACCACCCCGGGGCCUCCUUCUUCUGUCGUAGACGCCCCGCCACAAGCCCCUAACCCGCCUUUAGAAAUCCCGCCUGUGCCUCCUCCCCCUCCCCAGCUCCCCGUCUCCACAGCCCCCACUGGCACUGGCCCAGCUACUUAUGGCAACCCUGCACAAGGUGCUCCUCAGUUCUUCAGCAUGAACCGCCCCGUGCAGCAGCCCCAGAACCCCCAGGUGGGGGGCUCCCUGCCAUUCCGCAGACCCUCAUCCGUCACCGGUCAGCCCAACACCACCCACAACCCGGCCCAGCUCAACGGGGGACCGCACUUCGCCCAGAACCAAGCAGGCCCACUCGCUCCCCCUCCCCCGUCCAUGCAGAUCACCCCUCAGCUGCCUCUGAUGGGCUUUGUGGCCCGAGUUCAGGAGACUAUCUCAGACGUGCCGCCCCCGCCUCCGCCUGCUGAAGAGCCGGUGUUUGAGGAGCCUACGCCUCCUCCACCGCCGCCCGAGGACUACGAGGACGAUGAGGAUGAAGAAGAGUCGGCAGUAGUGGAGUACACCGAUCCUUACGCUGAGGAAGACCCACCAUGGGCUCCACGUAACUACCUGGAGAAAGUGGUGGCCAUUUACGACUACGCUCGCGACAAAGACGACGAGCUCUCGUUCCAGGAGGGCGCCAUCAUCUACGUGAUCAAGAAGAACGACGACGGCUGGUACGAAGGCGUGAUGAACGGGACCACGGGCCUCUUCCCCGGGAACUACGUUGAGUCCAUCAUGCACUACGCCGACUGAACUCCCACUGAGCGGGAGGAGCGUCCGGUAGAGGUGGGAGGAGGAGGAGGAGGUUGAAGUCUUCAGUCAGAAGGAGCAUGAUCGCCUCGGAGCGAAGAGACGGAGGAAACAGUUUUAUCGGACCUGACGAACUGAUGUGGUCGCCAUUGUAAAACAACCACUGCUUUAGAUAUAUCCUCUCUUGUAAUAUUUCUUUCUUUAUUUGACCGAGGAGGAGUGGACCAUGACGGCUUUGUUUAGAGUUUUGUAAAGCCACAACAUUAUUUUUUUCCCUUUCUGUUGUUUGCCCUUUAUUUGAAACAAUAUUUAUUUGUAGUUGGACACGUUUUGGGUUCAGCUAACAUUUACACACGGCAGCGUCGGAGACAAGGGCUGGAGGAAAAUGCCUUCAAUGUGUAGAUUUCUCCUCAACACUCCAGAGACAACAAUAUCCUCAGAGCUGGUAGGUGGGGGGGUGGAUUUCCUGUUGGGUACCUCAGGGACGGUGCCAAAGCUUGAAACGAGAGCACUUCAGAUGUCCUGGAGCUAAAAACAAGACAUCUGGAAGCUAACGAGAAUCCUCACGAGUGCUUUAAAAUCCACUUAUUUUGUGCAGUUUGUUUGACGUGAAGCCAAGUAGAUGGAAAUAAGUUUCAGCGGUUAGCUUCACUUUGCGAGCCGGUGUUAUUUCUAGAGUGAAGGAAUCGUCAUCCAGCCCUCAACUUAAUAAAAAAAGAUAAGUGAGGAUAAUAUUAGGUUUUAAACUUGCAGGCUCUUGUUUUGAAUAAUAGUGUGUAAACUUAACUGGUGAAGCUAAUCUGACGUUACAAUUUAACAUAAUUUCUUCCAUGAGAUCCAGACUUUGAGGGUUUUAAUUUUUUUUUUUUUUUUCUUGGAGGGGGGAGACUGCAUGUUUCAUCGAGGCGGGGAGGGGGUGUUUAUCUUCUUAACUGAUUAUUGUCUUCAUAUUUUCUGGAUGUGGUGUGGUUUGGUUUUCGAUAUUCACGCAGACGACACAUUUAGGUCAUUUCUGAAGACGCUUGUGCCAUAUUGAAGUGUGUGUUGCUGUUCAGAGGUUAUCACUUCGUUUGCAAUAAAACUGGCCGCAGUGGAGUGGACUGUUGUUGAAAAUGCAGAUUUUUUUAAGUUUUCCUGAGUUUUAAAUCAAAAGCACAUACAUUUGUAGUAAAAAAAAAAAAAGGUGUAGAAGAAGAAAUAAUAUAACUGAGAUGUAUUAUGUCCCCACAAUGGGACGCCAGAUGUUGUGUUAAAAUGGAUUUAACUGUUGCAAGCCCCCGUACUAAGAAAAAAUAAAAUAAACAAUGCGUCAUUUGUUCUUCGUAUAGUUACGCUUGGGUGUUUUCCAGGGUUCAGUGCUUGUCCUUACGUCAGAAAAUUUAUUUUCUAUUUAAGACAAAAAAAUAAGUGGGUCUGUAUGUGAGUCUUGCAUGCCAUUGUUCUUAUCUGUACCGGUGUCCCAAAGUUAAAGAAUAAAGCAAAAAGAAAUAAAAAUUACAUGGCAAGAUCACCCGAUUUUUUUCAAGACAAGCAGCCCUGCAGCUCUGAUUAGGAACUAUCAGCCUCAUCCAAAGAGACUGUCCCAACUUCAAACCCACGUCUGAGGAGAAACGCCCUCUGACCUGACAGUAGCCGUCAUUAACUCCAUCGGUGGAUCAUUGUGUUUUACGCUGCUAGUGAAUCCUGCGGACAGACAGCAGGCGGGAUAAGAGUCGAGGAUUGUGACGGAGCUCGACUACAUUAACACUCCUCGGAUGACACUAAAAUCUUUACAUGUAAGGCCUUUGGUCUGCAGGAUUCACAAACUUCUGAAGUGACGUAUGUCCCGGCCUCGGGACGUCGACUUUGACAGUCCAUAAUGCCAUUGUGUUGCACAGUUAAAGUUGAAUUACAGAAUUAUCAUAUUUGUAAAAUCAUGAGAACAAAGACAAUAAAAUUAUUAAGAUUUA